CUGGAUUGAAUCAAUGAAUAUAAGAUAAUGCUCAAACACAAUACAGUCACUUAAGUAUUAUCAUUGUGUUACUUUUAGGAUGGAAAUGGAAAUACAUGUAAAAUGUAGACUUACAAAAGGAACUGUCUAACAGUAAUGUAAAUGUACUUUGAUUGUAAUCCAGAAGUUAUAAAUCAUGAUAUUUUUACAGUGUAUACUGACUUUACAAUGAAACAUUCUUAAGUUAACACUUGAUAUAAAACCCAUUGGUCCAAAAUGGGAAUAUCACUUCAGCAAUGGCGUGGCAAAAUUGGAACAUUUAGCCAAACACUGAAGAACAGUUUCAUUUUAAAUCUGAUAAUUCUUCAGCAGAAAGGGCUUUCACUAGCCAUAAGGAUUGCUCUGUUCUAUUUACUUUGUGCACAAUGUGUGGAACCUAACCCAGGUCCUCCAAAAGUCUUCCAAGGAACAAAUACAACCAAAGAAGAUGAACCGGUGGAAGAAUUAAACAUGGCUGGAUUGAAUGAAAGUAGCUUGACAAAGAUGCGGCCCAUAGAAAGAGUGAUAUAUGAGCGAGUGCCUGGCUCCACUCCCCAGGAGGAGUUAAAAUUGCUUAAGGAUGAGGAGUACGAAGAAUAUGACAGAUUUGAUGGUGAGGCAGAAGAAAUAACACCACUACCAGCAAAUCCUGAGCUGAUGCGAAAGGUGUCUUUGAAGAUGAGUGACAUAAUGGGAGAUAUUGGGGUGACACAAGAAAUGGUGAACAGGCGACGUCGAUUAUUCCUCAUGCGGGAGAAAGUCAACACUGACUAUAGCAACAUAAUAAACCUUAAAAAUGUAAAGAAGUUCCAUUUUGGAAGCCAAAGUGAAGGAAGCACCACUCUUGAGAUGAAUUCUGACAUUGAUAUGCUUGUUUGUGACUAUGACUGCCCAGUGGAACUGACCAUUCCAGACAAAGACCCAUUAAUAUCUUUCUUCUUAGCGAUCAGAACUCCAGAAAUGCCGGCCCAGCACUGUUACCUUCAAAUGUUCUGUCCAUACACCAGAAAUCCUGCCACUGUUGAGCAUGUAAUUGGAAGGCAAGAAGAUGUGGAAAUAGAUGAUGAAGGUAGGGUGCUUCUCAAACACAUAUACGAUGACAAUAGGCUUAAAGAAUUGUGGAAAGGGAAGUAUAAAAAACAAGGACCAUCAAGGAGUGGAUGGGAGGACUUUGAUAUGGUGUCAGCCUUGCAUUGUGCUACCCUCCCUGAAGAAUGCCAGUAUCUGUUUACAAGGAUGCGUCCAGGUCACUGGCCCAGAAAAGAAGUCUUGGAAAAAGCAAAGGGACUGGGAACAUUUGUUGUGCGUCAAGGACAUCCAAACAGCCCCAAGUCAGAACUAGAGUGGAGAUUCUCUACGUCCCAAAUAGAGCGCCUGCUAAUGUUUGACUUGAACAUUGUUCAGUUAAGAACAUACAUAAUCGUAAAGCUAAUUCGGAAAUCCAGAUUUAAAGAAAUGGUGGAAGACAGACUAAGCACAUUCCACUUCAAGACAGCAAUGCUUUUCACUGUCGAAAAAUAUCCACCUGAAAUAUGGCGGGAUGAAAAUCUUACACAAUGUGUAAUUAACUGCCUAACAACAUUGCAGGAAUUUGUACGAAAAAGAAGCUGCCCCCACUACACAAUUGAAGGUGUUAACUUGUUUGCAGGGAAGCUAAAUGAUAGUGAACUCCAGAAAAUAGAUAAUGCACUGUCAGUUAUAAUAGAAGAGCCAAUGAAAGGCUUUAUAAGCAUAGACAUGGAUAAUAUUGAAAAGCGAGUGUUGGGCAGUGUGUUUGGCGUUACGAAAAAGGACACAGUUAAAGAAACAGCUUUAUGUUGCUUUGGGCAGUUCUGUGCCAUGUACAAAACAGUGGAAGGGAAAGAGGGCUUUGCAAGCAAAGCUGAUGGAAUCCAUUCCUUGAGACUUAAACAACUGCCGGCUGAAAUCAUGGACACCAAAUCUUUUAUCAUGAGUGAGAAGAUUCCAAAUAGAUUGUUCAAGGAGAUCCUGAAGAUACAAUGCUGCUUCCUUGGUUCAGUGAGGGCUUCCUUUCAUAUAGCAAAUAAGUGGGCCUUCCCUGACGAUAUCAACAUUCCAUACGCUGUAUCCCUGGAUGCGGACCUGACAUCAUGCAGACUCAAGUUUGCCUCCAUGUUGUACCGCAGUCGGCAGUAUACACUUGCUGAACAAGUGCUGGCACAUGUUGAAAGCCUGCUACAUCCGAAUGUGUGGCAAUGGUGUGGGUGUCAGGGAAGACCUGAGAUAAAACCCACCAAUGAACUUGUUGAAAUGAUAAGAAACUUGCCUGAUAUAGGACUGAUAGAUAAAGAUGGUCUUCCAAUGAUAGAAGUCAAUGAGCAUGUAGAUAUUCCAGAAUUAGAACUGUUUAAGGCAAACAUUGCUCGCAGUGUCAAGUUCAUAAAACUGGAGUCACGCUGUGUGCCACAGCACCUGGUCUAUGAAAAAGAUCGGACACUCUGUGAUGAAGAGAGGUUGAUGAGACGGCCUGGAGAUGACUGGAUGGACGACAUCAUUAUCGACGCCAUUCCUUUUCUUUACUACCUGCAGUACCUCACAUACAAGGAACUCAAAGAUCAGGAAAUAAAUCGGGGACUCCAAAAAGAACUCAAUCAGAGAAAACAAGCAGCAUUGAAGAAACUUCAUCUCUAUGCAUUUGAGAAGAUUACAGGUCAAGGUCACGCUGAGACGGCCUUCAAUGUGCUUGGCCACUGCUAUGCACUGGAGAACAACAAAGAUAUGGCCAGGCAGUGUUACACCUCAUCACUAAGACUUUACAGAUUUAAUAAUGCUGCUAAUAUUCACAUGAGUGGACUGGGACUCAGCUUUGAGGAGUCGUUUGGCCAAGUUUAGCUCAAGCAAGACAAUAUUGCACACUAAAUAUUGGACCAACUCUUUUACUAUGACGUCAGCAAUCAAGUGCUUCCAAACUAAUUAUAUUGAACAUUUUAUUUUAUAUUACUUAGUUAUCUGAAAAGGCAGAAGUUCUUAAGCGCCACUCGUAAUUUGUUAAAAAUCAACAAAAUUUUGUCAAUAAAUAAUAGCACAUGGUUGCACUGUCCAAACUUCUUUUGAAUAUUAACCUAUUUUUGUACUUUAACAUUCUAAAGUAAAGGUCUAUUACUGGAACACAGUGUUAUGAAAACAAUAAAAUGA